AGAUCACGCACCAGACACGACCCGGACUUCCCAGACGCCUCUCCCGGAGAUCCUCUCCAGCACCAGCCAGCCACCUCCUUUCUCCGACGACCGGCUGCCACUCCAUCCGGCCGCGCCGCCGCACCCACCCCCCGCGCUCUUCGUCCCGGGCCUCGGCAGAUCUACGCCGGCGGCGACCGUCCCUAGCCAUGAUCAAUUUCGUGCUCUUGAUCAGCCGCCAGGGCAAGGUGAGGCUCACCAAGUGGUACUCGCCUUACACCCAGAAGGAGAGGACCAAGGUCAUUCGUGAGCUUAGUGGACUCAUUCUUACUCGAGGACCAAAACUCUGCAACUUUGUCGAGUGGAGAGGUUACAAGGUUGUGUACAGAAGGUAUGCGAGCCUGUAUUUCUGCAUGUGCAUUGAUGCUGAUGACAAUGAGCUUGAGGUCCUUGAAAUUAUCCAUCAUUUUGUCGAGAUACUCGACCGCUAUUUUGGCAGUGUAUGCGAGCUGGAUUUGAUCUUCAAUUUUCAUAAGGCCUAUUAUGUUCUGGAUGAGAUCCUUAUUGCUGGGGAGCUUCAGGAAUCUAGCAAGAAGAAUGUCGCAAGACUAAUUGCUGCACAGGAUUCAUUGGUAGAGGCGGCUAAAGAGGAGGCUAGCUCCAUAAGUAACAUCAUUGCCCAGGCUACGAAGUAAAAAAAAAAAAUCUUUGCCUUAAUGUCCUUGCCCCUUUGUCCUUUUGUGUUUGUUUAUGUUGGUAAAUUUGAUGUAAUAGCUUAUCUGCUAUGUUCAUGUUCCCAAAGAAACACGACUUGCCUGAUUCUAAAGCAUUCAGAAUCUGUGAGAUGUAACCAAAGCCCUGGAUGUACCUACAAUGUAUGUGUUCCGUUGCAACCAAAUUUGGGUUCUUCAAUUCCAAGAUAAAACUAUCGUGAAAGAUUGCUCA